AUGUUUCUCAACUUAAUUAAAGGUCUCGAAAAAAACGAGGCCAAUGAUGAUGUCAUAAAUUUAAGUAUCCAGAAAUUGCUAGCGGAUAAAGCAUAUGAAAAGAGAAAAAAGGGCGCACAAGAACUUGCAGAGGUGGUAAAAAUUUUGUUAAUGAAAGAAAAAGAGGAUGAACAAGUGCUGGUUGAUUAUAUGUUAAAUGAGUAUGAACAAGAUGUAGGGGUUAUAAAGGACUUCAACAAUUUUAUUCAUAAAGAUAUUCAUAUGAUUGACAAAACAUACUCUCAACCCGAUGGAGAUAUAAAGAACAAUGAAAUAUACUUUAAGUAUUAUGACGAUCAGGAAGUAAACAGGGAAAACAAAGCUCAUGUCGAUGGUGGAUCACAAUUGGAUUCAACACCCCAUGUGGACGAAUCAGAGAAAAAGAGUCUUAUGAAAAUUUCUCAAAAAAACUCAAAAGGAUCAACUGUAGACGGAUUACAGAACCAACCAAAUGGUGAUAAGACGAAAAUAAAUUGCGAUUCAAACAAUGUAGAACAGAACAAUCGGAUAGAGGAAAAAAAGAAUAUAGAACUAGAUAGAUAUAAUAACUUGUAUAAAGAACAACCUAGUGAAGAAAAACUCAUUAUGGGUUCAGAAAUAAUAAAGAAGCUUCUUCUUGAUAAGUGCAAAGAAAAUUGUGACAUAGAUGCAUUGUUGAUGAAAUCGAAUGCGUUUAGUAAUAAGUAUGAUAAAAACAUGAUCACAUUAACACAUAUCGAAAUGAACAAAAUGGAGAAAAAAAGAAAGAAAACAUUAAAUAACAUUUUACAUGAACAUGAAAUACAUAUCGAAAAUGUCACGAGUAAAUAUCAAAAUAAAAAUGUGCUCAAUAUAAUAAACCUUUUAGAUGAAAAAUUCAUUCAAAGUAUAAAUCCAGCAAAGAGAUGUGGAGGACUCAUAGCAUUGGCCUUUAUUUCCAUCAGUAUGAAUACACAAAUUAAAUUUUAUUUUUCAGAAAUUUUGAAACUUAUUAUAUCAUGUGUUAACGAUCCUGAUUCAAAGGUUAGAUAUUAUGUAUGUGAAAGUUUAUAUAACCUUUGUAAGAUAUCAAAAAGUGUGAUAUUCGAUUAUAUAGAAGAUAUAUUUGAUUGUCUGCUUCGAAUAUUUUCAGAUACUUGUCCAAAUGUUAAAAGUGGUGCCAUGUUUCUUGAUAAUUUAUUAAAAGAUUUAACUUGUUCAUAUAACAACAUAUUUAAUAUUUACAAAAUAAUUUACAUAUUGAAAGAAAGAAUAAGUAUAGAAAAUUCUAAUGCAAGGUAUGUCAUCAUUUCGUGGUUAUUUCUUUUUCAAAAUAUAUCGACUGUUAAUAUAUUUGAUUAUUUCCAUUUUUUUAUUAGAGAUCUUUUUUUAAUGUUAUCAGAUCAGAAUAAUGAUAUACAAAAACAAGUGAAUCAAUGUCUUGAUUUAUAUAUAGAUAAAAUUAUUACAUCAAAUUAUGAUCAGGUCAGGUUAUUUUUUAAGCAUAUUGCACAUAUCUUUCUUGAAUUUUCUACCAAUCAAAAUACAAUCAUUAAACAUAAAUGUCUUCUAUGGAUAUAUCAUUUUAUACAUAUUUUAAAUAUCCAUUUUUAUAACAUAUUCAAAACACGUCAAAAAAAUAAUUUUUUUAUAACCGAAUUGGUGAAGAAAAUUAUUUCUUCUACAUCCGAUGUACAUUUUGAUAUUCAUUAUACAGCUAGAAAAUGUAACGAACUUUUGAUAAGUUAUAUCAAAUUCUCUUCCAUGCAAUCUGCACAUCUUAUAACAAAACUUGUUUGCACAAUUAUUAACACCAAGGUGAAUAAAAUGACCGAGUACAUUUCUGAACGGAAGAAAAAUAAUGGUACUACACACAAAAUGAAUCAAAAAAAAAAACAAGCAUUCCAGGUGGAAAAAUUAGCAAAACAGUACACCAAUCAUAUUGGAAAGACAAGGAUAGAACCUGGGAAGCAUCAUUUCCACAAUUUGAGAACGGUGAAUGAGAUGGUUUUGCACAAAGGGUUCAAAUUGAAACCCGUGCCUCCAGCACAAGGGCGCGCAUUGCACAAGGGAGAGGCGGACGAAUCGGACGAAUCGAAUGAAGCAAAUAAAUCGGAUGAAUCAAAUGAAGCAAAUAAAUCGGACGAAUCGAAUGAAGCAAAUAAAUCGGAUGAAUCGAAUGCAUCGGAUGAAGCAAAUAAAUCAGAUGAAGCAAAUAAAUCGGAUGCAUAUGUGCUGGAUGAAGAAGUAGAUAUGGAAGAACUCGCAGAGGAGGACUUGGCGAAAAAAACAGAACCCAGUUGUAGAGAUGAAGAGAGAGAAACACAUGCAACUUCAGGCAAAAAAGGGGAAUGCACGAACUGUUACAUGGGUGAAGAAAGUAAUUCGUGCAGGCAUGACUCGUACAAGUUGUUCUACAAGGAUGGGAACUUAUCAGAUGAGAUGAAAAGGAAGGUGCAAAAGAAAGAAGUUCAGGAAGGAGCAAAGUUUGACAAUCGACAAGACGGAAAAAUGACAAGUGAGUAUGCUCCCAGUGAGGAACAGAGAAAUAAGAACCCACAGGGGAACGAUAAAUUGAAAUUUCCCGAGAAACAUCAAUCACUUAUGAACGAAUUGAAAGAAAAGAAAAUUCUAUUAAGAGAUAUUGGUAAAAGUGAAGCUUAUUACAUAAAUAGACUUUCCAAUCGAGCAGAAAAUCUCGGAUGCCCAAACGACACUCACACAGAAGAAGAGAGGAAGGUGCGACAAGUAGAACCUGGGAAAAAAACACACGCAUCUGGAUUGUAUGGAAUUGGGUCAGCAAAUGUUGUUGCAAAUGUGGGUGAAAAAAAUGCUUCAAGUACACUCGCGAUUGGGCAUACAUCGAAGGUUAGAGAUGGAGAAAUAAAUGAAGAAGGUGAAGAAAUGAAUGAAGAAGAUGAAGAAAUCUUUCACGAUAAUCUUGAAAAAAGAAAUAUGUACCCUGUGAUCAUGUGCCUACAAUGGCUUAUCGAAAUGCUAAUAUACAAAAGUGAGGAAAUAAAAAAAGAUUAUGAUGAAAUAAUUACUUGUGUAUUUAAAUGUUUAAAAAAUAAUGACAAGCAAGUUGUCUUACUAUCACUAACAGUUUUAUCUGCUAUGUGCUCUACGGUUGAUAAUAAAUUUCAUUUUUAUGAACACGUAAGUAAUAAUUUGAUAAUGUUAUUUAGGAACGAUGAAGAGUUACUAAUACAUAAAGGAAAAACCAUUGUGCAACAUAUAUCUCGAUGUUUGAAUAACAAGAAGUUUUUUGCAUAUAUAUCUUAUGCCUUAAUUAGUGAAGAAAAGCUAUCUUUUGUUACAAAAUUUAUUCAAGUGUUAAAUUGGAUAUUAUUAACAUCAGAUGAAACUAAAUUUUUAAGAAACAUUCUUUUUUUAAAAAAAUACUAUUCUUUAUUUUCCCUCAUAUUGAUAGCAUGGUUGAAAAGUCCCAUAUCUGCCAUUUCUUUUCUUUUAUGGUUACAGAAAUAUAAAUUGGCUUAUCACAUUUGUUCCUAUUUGACCUUAUUAAAUAUAAAUUCGGAUUUUCUGCAUCAGUUAGAUAAUUUAAUAUUUUUGUUAGAAUCUCCAAUCUUUUCAAAACAAAGAAUCCAUUUAGUGUAUCCACACAAUUAUCCAUUUUUAAUUAAGUCCCUUAUGAUACUCUCUUUAAUGUUACCUUUGAAUACGUCUAAUAAUAUUCUUCAAAAGAGGCUUCAAAUUUCUCAACUGUCCAUUCUGACGAAUGAUAAAAAAUUAUUUCAUUUCUUUGACAUGCACAACCACAAUGGCUUGUUGCAUGAACAUUUAGAUGAAGAAAUAGAUGACCAUCCCUUUAGCUUAGCCAGCACUGACGAACGGCACCUUUGCACUCAUCCAGAACGGGCAAAACCAAACUCAGCAGAGGCAAAGCCAUACCCAGCAGAGGCAAAGCCAGACCGUGUACCUAUUCCACAGAAAAAAAAAAAAAACGAUUCAUAUGAGAUGCAUUACACAAAACACAAAAUUGAUCAGAUGCAAGAAUUACUAAAAAUGGAGGAGGAAGAACAAAAAAAAGAAUAUAGCCUUAUUGAAAUAAAAGAAGACGAGAAACUGAAUGAAGAAAAUAAGUGGAACGAAAGAUAUAGCUACCUCUUGAAUGAAGUGAAAAAAAAGUUGGAAACAGAAGGAUUGCUCAGCCAAAGCGAUGAUGAUGAUGAAUGCACACAUUUUGUAAACAUUUUCAAGAUUACCCUACGCAAUAGUGACAUAAUUAAAUAUUAUGUCUAA